AAAUUAUAAAGCUUCUUUAAGGAGAGACAAAAGGAAAGGGAAAAAAGAAGAAGCCUUAGAAGCAUAUUUGUGAUGGAACUUUGUAUGGGAAGCUACAAGAGUUUAAGAAUAAUUGUGUUGCUGAUGUUGCUUUCCUCGGCCCCAUUUGUAUCUGCAUUUAUAGAAUGCUCCACAAUUACUCAAUUUUUCUCUGCAUGCUCUAUCUCCAUCAUCUAUGGCUCCCCAGACCCCAUUCCAGGGUCCCCUUGUUGUGAUGCCAUGUCUGGCUUGAACAACAUUGCUAACACUGGUGAUAAUAGGCCAUAUGUUUGUAGAUGCUUAAUGGGCCUAAUUGACACUUAUAGCCCAAACGCCACAGCCAUAGCUACCUUACCAGGUUUAUGUGGUGUCUCUUUGGGCUUCAUCAUUGAUCCAAACACAGACUGUAGUUUGGUCUUUUAGAAACAAUUGUAGAAGAAUCUUAGAUAUUUGAAGUUUCACUCGUGGAAAUAUUAAUAAAGUGUUUGUUGUAAUUUGAGAUGCCACAUUUUAAUUGUAAAUUAGUGUAAUGCACAAUACCUACAUGGCAUUUUAGUUUCAUAAAUAUUCUUCAUAUUGAGUAGUAUCAGAUAAAGUUUUGUAUAAAGACCAUAUUUCCAAGAAUGGGGUCAUCAUCAGCAUUACGUAUAGUCACACCUUGUAUUUCUCCUUGGCUAGGCUGAUAGGGGAAUUCAUUACAGAAAUGGCCAUUAUGAAUCACGUGACGGGUAGUGUGUGGCACAAUGAAGCUCUGUUGCUCUAAACACCACCCACCACCAAUAGCCAAGAGCAAAAUCUAUUGUUCCUAACGCGGAUAUUCCACAUCCAUUUCAAUCACAAUGCUGUACUAAGCUAUGCCCCACUCUACGUAUGUCUGGUGGUGUUGGAUCCGUAAAUCUAAGGUCUCUCGCAUUGUGCCUGCAUCAAUUAAUUAAACUAUACAUGAUAAAUCUUUCAAAGAUUGGACCCACUGCCAUGGAUAUGACACCCCUUGAAUAAUAAUACUAUUUUGUGAUUCACCAUCGUUUUCUCUUCUUUGACACUUCUCUUUCUCAUGGUA